GACGAAUACACCACUAUAUAACAACAUAAACUAUAUUUUGUCUUCUUACACUUUCCCACACCCUUAAGAUCUACGUGCAAACCACUCCCCGAUUAUCACUCACGAGCCUUUGCUUUAUGAGUCGCACGUCCUUACGCGCGCGUGGGUAUUCUAUUCAUUCAAUGCGCUUUACCGAAACUUAGCCCUAGACCACUUCCUGCUCUAUAUCGACCAUGAACAACCACCGUCUACGACUCCGAUCACCUACGUCGAUCCCUUUUUAUAUAUCUGCCAAUCGGCUGAAUUGCUACUGAAUUUUUAUUUAAUUCAAUCUGCCUGAAUCGCGAUUUUCUCCUCGUAAGGGUUAAAAUGGAACCUAUGGACAUCGUUGGUAAAUCAAAGGAAGAUGCUUCACUUCCCAAAGCAACUAUGACAAAAAUUAUUAAAGAAAUGUUGCCCCCAGAUGUUCGUGUUGCCCGAGAUGCUCAAGAUCUUUUGAUUGAAUGUUGUGUAGAGUUCAUUAAUCUUAUCUCCUCAGAAUCGAAUGAAGUUUGUAAUAGAGAAGGCAAACGAACAAUUGCACCAGAACAUGUACUCAAGGCUUUAGAGGUUCUUGGUUUUGGGGAAUAUAUAGAAGAAGUAUAUGCUGCAUAUGAACAACACAAGCUAGAGACCAUGGACACUGUGAGAUCUGGGAAAUGUAAUAAUGUAGCCGAAAUGACUGAAGAAGAAGCUUUAGCUGAGCAACAGAGAAUGUUCGCCGAGGCACGUGCAAGGAUGAAUGGUGGUGUUACAGGCCCCCCCAAGCAGCAAGAUUCAGAAGUUGGACAACAGAGGAUGUUUGCUGAGGCGUGUGCAAGGAUGAAUGGCGAUGUUACAGGCCCCACCAAGCAGCAAGAUUCAGAAACUGAGCAGCAGAGGAUGUUUGCUGAGGCGUGUGCAAGGAUGAAUGGCGAUGUUACAGGCCCCACCAAGCAGCAAGAUUCAGAAACUGAGCAGCAGAGGAUGUUUGCUGAGGCGUGUGCAAGGAUGAAUGGCGAUGUUACAGGCCCCACCAAGCAGCAAGAUUCAGAAACUGAGCAGCAGAGGAUGUUUGCUGAGGCGUGUGCAAGGAUGAAUGGCGAUGUUACAGGCCCCACCAAGCAGCAAGAUUCAGAAACUGAGCAGCAGAGGAUGUUUGCUGAGGCAUGUGUAAGGAUGAAUGGCGAUGUUACAGGCCUCCCCAAGCAGCAAGAUUCAGAAGCUGAGCAACAGGAUGUUUGCUGAGGCGCAUGCAAUGAUGAAUGGUGGUGUUACAGGCCCCCCCAAGGAGCAAGAUUCAGAAGCAAAGCAAAACUUUAAUAGCUAACUUCACUUUUUGUUGUUCUGUAGGAAAAGCAUCUUUAGUCUUAGUAGUGGGAUCUUUCUUCUAUUAUGUGGAAAAAGCUCCUGGCGCAUGUGUCGACUGUGAGGGCUCUAGUUCAGUUUGUACUCGAUGCAUUAUGUUCAUAUAUUAUGUAAAUUAGUAGGAAUUUGCUUCAGAAUGUUGGUUUAUGAGGGCUCUUGUGAGUA